UACGCUGAUUUCCCCAAAAGUGGAAGAUUAUCGAGUCCCAAAGUGGAAUCCCUGAUAAAUAAAAUGGAUUUAUCAAGUGAAUUGAACGGUUUUGUGGACCGCGCCACUGAUAAUUUAUUGUUGAAAGACUUUGUUGAUUGUCGAUAUACGUGCUUAUGCGGAAUAACACGUGCUAAACAGUUUAUUGAAGAUGAAAGAGCCCAAGAUUGCAUUGAACGUCUUUGUGUUUUGUGUAUUCAGGCAUUGGCUGAAAUGAAUAAAUGGCAAGAUGUAUUACCAUUGAUUCAAGAUGUCUACAACAAUAUUGAACUUUGUCCUAGUUUAGUGAUACAAUUGUGUAUAUUAUUACAUGCAAGAGUGAAGGAAUAUUCUCAGUGUCACGCCCUAGCAAGUUUAUGGUUAAGAAAUGAAGAUAACUCUUACAAACCAGGUUAUGACAGAGUUGCUGCCCUUUAUAUUGAACAUGUUAUGCUUCCACAAGACAGAUUUCUAUUAGUUCCACAGUUUUUAAACUCGUGCACAUUCCUGACUCAAGAUAUGAAGGAUAAAAUGUUAAAACAUUGUGAAAAACUUAAUGUAAAAUUACAAGAAGAUUCUAAAUCGAAAAACACAGAAACAUCAAAAGAGAAGGAUGCUGUUUGUGAUGAGGAGGAACCAAAAAAUAUAGAAGAGUCAGAAUCUUCAAUUAUGAAACACAUGAAGUACUUUGGUUGUUUACUUGCCAGCAAACUUUCCUUCCCAGCACCUGAUAUUUUAUGGAAGAUUGCAGUAGCUAUAGUGAGCUGUUGUGUGUUGGCUAAAAUUUACUUGAAAGGUAAUUCAUCCUUGUAUCUUGGUAAAUUGACAUUGAUCUGGCAAUACAUGUUGACCACAUUGAAAGCUAUAUUUACACCUUAUAGACCAGGAAGAUAAAAACAAGGGUCAAGUGUCAUUUGAUAAUUGAGGCAAGUGUAAUGCGAAGUAAAAUGAGAUAACAAUGCUUUGGAGUUUUGU